AUGUCUGCCGAGGAACACCCCGUCGAGUACCUCGCCCUCGAGGCCCUUGAGGAUGAGUUUGAGGAUGUUGAGGUUGAGAUUCUCCGCAAGCAGCACGAGCUCACCAAAAACCUUUACGUGAAGCGCCAGGCCGUCAUUGAUAAGAUCCCUGGCUUCUGGCCUCUCGUCAUCGAGCAGUCCCCGCCCGAGAUUGACGAGUACAUCCAGCCCACCGAUGCUGCUCUGUUUAUGACCUCCCUGACCAACCUCCACGUGGAGCGCCACGAGAUGCCCAACGGUGACCCCCGCAGUGUUAGGAUCACCUUCACCUUCUCUGAGAAUGACCACUUUGAGAACAAGACGCUCACCAAGGAGUUCAACUGGCGCAACGCCAAGGACGGCUCCUCCGGCUACGUCUCUGUCCCCGUCGAGAUUCAGUGGAAGGAGGGCAAGGACCUGACCAACGGCAUGCUCGACCUCGUCAGCAAGGUGUACAAGGAGGACGCGGCCGACUCGGACAACAAGAAGAAGCUCAAGGAGCUAAUCGAGGAGACUGGCCUCGACGGCCUCAGCUUCUUCUCUUGGUUCGGCUACCACGGCGCCAAGAUCACCGAUGCUGAGCACCAGGAGGCCACCAAGAAGCUCGAGGAGGUCCGUGCCCUGCGCAAGGCUGGCAAGGCUCCCGAGGAAACCGACAUGGAUGAGGAUGAGGAUGAGGAUGAGGACUGGGAGAUCUGUCCCGGCGCUGACGAUGUCGCCGUCUGCAUCGCUGAGGACCUUUGGCCCGGCGCCAUUAAGUACUUUAUGAACGCCCAGGAAGGCGACAGCUUCAGCGACAUGGACUUUGAGGACGCUUCAGACGAGGAGAUGGAGGAAUAG